CUCUUUCUGCUGCUGCGCUGGAUAGUAGUAGUUGUUGGUGUUUAAUCUUGAUGCAGUCGAGCGAAAGCCACAGAAAGGUUCACAGCUUGGCAGGGCAGGUUCCUCUGCGCUAACUUGAAAAAAAAAAAAGCCUGAUUUCCGUGACAUCGGCUGGCCGAGGAGCUCUAACAAAGGCGUUGUCAUGGAAGAGAACUAUGAUGACUAUUUGUUGAGUUUUUUUAAUCAGACCUCCACGACGGACGAUCCAGAAUCCAUCCUCAAUGAGACGGUAUUUUACUGUGAGAAGGCCGGCGUGACCAGGUUUGGUGCAACAUUCAUCCCGACAGUCUAUUAUAUGAACUUCUUGCUGAGCCUUUUAGGAAAUGGUCUGGUUUUGUGCAUCAUCUAUAAGUAUGAGAAGCUUGGAACGGUCACCAACAUCUUCCUGCUCAACCUGGUCAUUUCGGACCUUCUAUUCGCCUCCACCUUGCCUUUCUGGGCUGUCUACCACCGCUCCGAGUGGAUAUUCGGACCCGGGCUUUGCAAGUUCAUCGGUAGCUUGUACUCAAUUGGAUUUUCCAGCUCCAUCCUCUUCCUCACCCUCAUGACCUUUGAUCGCUACCUGGCUGUGGUUCACGCCAUCACGGCAGCCCAGAGCCGCCGGAGGUUGUACGCCUACUGCAUGUCUUUUGUCGUCUGGUUUCUCAGUUUCUUUGCAAGCCUUAAGGACAUCGUCUUCUACAAUGUCCGGCUGAACAAACCGGGCGGCUGGGUUUGUGAAGAGAGUGGCUACUCACACCAGACCAUAGUUAAAUGGCAGCUGAUGGGUUACUACCUGCAGUUCGGCGUGUUCUUCCUGCUUCCCCUGAUGAUGAUGUUCUAUUGCUAUGCCCGGAUCACCAUUCGCAUCAUCUCCACACGCAUACAGGAGAAGUGCAGGGCUAUCAAGCUCAUCUUCGUCAUUAUCUUCACCUUUUUCAUCUGCUGGACGCCCUACAACGUGGUCCUCCUCCUCAAGGCGCUCCAUUUGGCUUCCAGGGACAGAUCGUGUGCCGAAGAGUUGGACUAUGCAGAAUAUGUCACGCGUAACAUCGCGUACUUGUACUGCUGCAUCAGUCCUGUGUUCUACACCUUCGUGGGGAAGAAGUUCCAGAGCCAUUUCCGGAAACUUCUAGCAAAGCACAUACCCUGCUUGAAGACCACCAUCCUGUCGUCUCAGAGCAGCAGGACGACGUCAUUCAGGAGCCCGAAUACUGAGUAUUACUAACUAAUGAAACUUUACACCACGAAGGAAGUUAGCAAUUUAUAAACAUUUGAACACAGGGAUUUUCCGAAUUUCUGAAUACUGCACAUUGUUUCUGAUAUUAAUAUUAGAGGGUUUUAAAUGUCUGUGCACCAGAAGCUUAUGAACUUUGUAAUAUUGGGAAAUUCUGAGUUGAUUAAUAAUAAGGCUUAUUGGCAGAUUCUAAAAGUCUGAAUAUAGAUGUGGUUCUGAAGGUUCUGAAGUUUGAAAUAUUAGGAAGUUCUGAAUAUCUGAAUAUUGACAGGUUCUAAAUUCUAAAGUAUUGGGAAAUGUUUCAAUGUCUGAAUAUUGGAAAGUUGAACUAUGAAAUAUUUAGGGGGGUUUUUGAAGUCUUUUUUGAAAGUUAUGCUUUUUGGAUUAUUGACAGGUUCUGAAUAUCUGAAUGUUGCAACGAUCUAAAGUUUUGCGUGCUUCACAGAAAGGUGCUAAAUGUUGUUUUGCGAAUGCUUAUUAAUGCACAAAUAAUACACACAUGAGGAAGUUGGGUAAUAUGUGUCAUUUUUUGUGUCUGAGUGAUUAUGCUGAUCGUCUAUGGUUAAUUGCAUAACUGAGGAUUAUUUAGCAGCAUGAAGGUGUCAUUUCAGAUCUUUUGAAAUAACAUGGAAAGAGUUUCAUCAUGUGUUUUUUGUUCGUUUUUUUCUUUUUUGUGCUGUUGAUGCUUAAACACAACUGAUCAGUUAAAAAAAAUAAAAAGGCUGGAAUAUAUUUAAUGCUUUUUUUUUUUUUGUCAUGAUAAAAAAAGACACUUUACUGAUGUACAGCAGACUGUUAAGAUCUAACCUUCAUAUUUUUUUGCUCAGAGUUGCAUUCGUUCUUUUCAUUCAAUUUGCAAUAUUAUUUUUUAUUACAUUUAAGAAUGUGUCCAAUUUUUAUCUGUUAUAGUUACAUGUAACAGUAUCAGCAUUAUUAAAAACCUGCAAAGCUCAAAGGUCAGACACGGAGAAUACAGUAUACAAUUAUACAUUUUGUAUUGUUUUUUCAUUGUUGUUGUUCUUUAAACCUCCAUAGAGAUUUCUGUGUAUAUAGUUGCUAUAGGAACGAUGACAGCAGAAUGAGUGCAUUAAAAAAAAACCUGCGGUCUGAAUUACAGCUGUGCCAAAGUCGGUGCUGCUGUUACACAAAAUGAAUCAGCAGCUUCUUGCAGUUGAUAUUCGGGUAUUUACCCUGACUCUAUACUUUUCUAGAUUUUUCUGUGCCUGAAUAAAUGAUUUCUAUAAACCA